AUGGGAAAGCUGCUAAACGCACUAGCCUCUACGAGCUCUGUGUCAUUUGUGCUCUUGACACUUGCUUCUGCGCGCUCUCAAAAGGCGCGCUAUUACCUCAACACGUUCUUGUACAUGCUGAGUGUCAGCGUAUGCAGCUCGCUAGGCGUCGUGUAUGCCCUUUGUCUUAGCCUUAUUCCUGGCAAGCGUUUCAACACAAACUAUCUCGUGGCACGCUCUUUCUAUGCUAUUGCUGGUACACUUAUCGGAUACAAAAUUUCGCUCGAGGGUGCUGAGCACCUUCAGAACCGCCCGUCGAUUAUGCUGGGCAACCACCAGUCAAUGUUAGAUAUCUUGUACUUGGGUCGCGUCUUCCCGCCAGGCUCUGUUAUCAUGGCCAAGAAGGAGCUCAAGUUUGCCCCGCUUCUCGGUCAGUUCAUGAUGCUUAGUGGCACUGCAUUCAUUGACAGGAAAAGCCGCUCCAGCGCCAUCAAGACCAUGGCCCAGACCGGCCAGCACAUGCGCGAAAACAAGCUGGCCUUAUUUAUAUUCCCGGAGGGCACGCGGUCGCAUAUGGCGACACCUGGCCUGCUGCCGCUAAAGAAGGGCGCCUUCCAUCUGGCCAUUCAGACACAGCUUCCCAUCAUCCCAAUUGUGUGCGAGAACUACCAUCGUAUGUUCGACUCGAAGACACGCUUCGACGGCGGCGAGCUGCGUGUGGCUGUGCUUCCGCCUGUCGAAACCAAGGGCCUCACCGACAACGAUGUCGACCAACUUCUUGAGACGGUAGAGAAGCAGAUGAAAGACCGCCUCAUCCGCUUUGACCAGGAUCUGGAUCGCCGUGACACAUACUUGGCGGCACAUCCAUCGAGCAAGCCUGCCCCGCCGAGAGUGUAUGGCCUUGCGGGCUUGGCCGCGCGCCUCAUCGGCUCAGGCAAGGCUCGCUCGCAUAUCCGUCACCUGGAAAAUAUUUCGAAUGAACAGAAAAGCCCUCUUGGACAAAACCAUCCGAGCGAUUAUGGCCUCGUGCCGGCCUCCCAGGGGUCAGUGCAGUAG